CAAGUUUUUCUAUAAAAGCUUCUCCUACGCUAGAGCAAGUUUUUCUAUAAAAACUGCAUCUAGUCUAGAGCAAGUUUUUCUAAAAAAGCUUUUUCUAGUCUAGAGCAAGUUUUUCUUUAAAAGCGUUGUCUAAUCUAGAGCAACAUUCUCUGUAAAAGCUUUUUCUAGUUUAGAGAAACUUUUUUCUAUUAAAGCUUUUUCUGGUCUGGGGUACGUUUUUCUAUAAAAGCUUCUUCUAGUCUACAGUAAGUUUUUCUAUAAAAGCUUUCUAAUCUAGAGCAACUUUUUUAUAAAAGCUUUUUCUACUCUAAAGCAACUUUUUCUAUAAAAGCUUUUUCUGGUCUAAAGCACGUUUUUCUAUAAAAGCUUUUUCUAGUCUAGAGCAAGCUUUUCUAUAAAAGCUUCUUCUAGUCUAAAGUAAGUUUUUAUAUAAAAACUUUCUCUGGUCUUGAAAAUUUUGUAAGAAAACUUUCUUCAAAUCUGACAGACCUGUAGCUUUGACAUAAGUUUCUCCGAAAAACGUAAUGACCACAAAAGUUUUCAAAUCAUUUUUCAUUUCACCCAAAUUAAUACACAACAUUUUCGCCAAAUAAAAAGCACGUUGUUUUCUCCUUUUUUAAUGUUUUUAAAAAAAAUAAUUUUUAUAAAUCAUUUCUUUAAAAUUUGAGUAUCGUAUCGAAAAUAUUAUUUUUUGUUUUUAUAGCUUAAUAGACUGCGAUUGCUGACGUUUGUAAAUUGUAUUAAUAGUAAAAAAAAAACUAUAUAUUAAGGUUUCAUAGAUGCCCGAGAUCUCUUGCUAAAACUCAGACUCGUUCAAAAGAACUUAAAAUGGUUCUAAUUUAGACUUUACAAAAUAAAAAUCUGCCUUCCUUAAGCUGCCAAAUAAUAAAAAAAAGUGCUGUAUAGUAUUUGUUUUGAGUUAUAAUUUUUUAAUAAUAUUUUUUUAAAAAAGUUAAUUUUUUUACUAAUCUUAAACAACUUGAAGCAUGUUAAUAAGAAAUCGAAACAUCGACAGUCAUUGUACUCGAUUGAAUUUGGACCGAGUUUGGAUACCAUAAGAAGUCGAGCCGAUACAAUACUCGAUUAUGGUGACGAUCAAAUGCAUGAACGUGGUGGCGGCUUAGAGGGCGAUAAUGGUGAAUUAAGUCCGAAACCUAUGACACCGCGUCGUGUUAAAAGGCGUUCGGUUAUGCACAGGGGCAGUAAUAGUCGUCAAUCAACAGCGAGUAGACGUAGUUCUAGCCACAGCAGUCAUAAAAAUACCUUAAGGGGUGAGGGUAGAGGAGGAGGAGGAGGUGAUGGUUCAGGAGGAGCUGGCUCUACGGGUACCCAUUCGAGAAGUAGUACCAGAAGUUCCAGACGUAAAUAUCAUCAAAAUCCUGUUACUAAACUAUUGGAUCAACAACAGCAACAACAAUCCACCAUGCAUAUACAUGGUCAUCAUCCUAAACAGCCGGUUCAGCAAUUUGGUUCUUUUCAUCAUAAGGAUUCCACACCCGCCUUGACUGUAUCCAAUUUGCAAUCUCUUAAUCAGGAAAUACAUAAUAAUAUUAAUGCUGUUUCCUCUUCUAUUAAUGGUGGCGGCAUUGGCAGUCUUACCAAAACCAAUAACAAUCAUUAUCAAUCAUUUCGCAAGAAUAUACCACCAGAUCCCAUCUACUAUAAUACCAAUGCCCAGACUGCCUAUCUACAGCAACAACAAUGGCAGCAACUGCAGCAACAGACACCCUCUCCCAUACCUACACUAGAUGAGCCACAAUCUCCUACUUUGACUUUAACCCCCUCACUGGGUGGGGGGCACUACAAUCCCACCUAUCAACAUUCAACCACAAAUCUAAAUGAUGGUGAACAUGUAGAUGAAUUAUAUAACAAUCGUCCACCCUCGGUGAGAUCAAGUUAUUCUAAUUUCCAUGGUGCCAGACCCAUGUCGUCAUACCUAUCAACCACCAAUACUACAGAAAAUGUUUUUGUCAAUUUGGUGGCCAGUAAUACAGCACAAAAUUCGGCUACUCAACAUCCCCAUCCACCACCUUCACCAGCCACCUCUUCAUUUCAUCAACAGCAGCAGCAGCAAUUGCCUCAUGAAUCACCUUCCACUCCGCCACUCUAUCAACAACAUCCUUUACAUCAACAAUCCUUAAGUCAACACAAUCUACCGCCACCACCCCCCUUGCCAGAUCCACCUUAUAACGCGUCUCAACCGAUACCGUUUCAUAAACGUACCGCUUCACGGGAAAGUAUACGUUCGAUGGCUUUUCUUAAUAGUGGACCACCAGCGUAUAAUCUUAAUUAUCAUACACCACCAGAUUCGGAGACAACGAUGUAAUCGAAAGUAAGCGGAAGAGAAGAACGAAUAAAACGAACCACCUUGCAUCACCACUUGGAACACCGUCCAUUUUGCCUUUAGUAGCCUUAGUUUGAAAAGAGGAAGAUAUGAUUUACAUUUAGUUUAUCCUAAAAUGCAACUCUUUUUUAAAGAUCACUAAAAUUUUUCUAAUUUUCACAAUGUCUUGACUACAGAUCAGUCUUAACUAUUGAUCAGUUUGUAGUCUGAGCACAAAUGAGACUGUAGUCCUUAUUAUUGAUCAGUCCAUAGUUUAAGGUAUAGAUCACUUUAUAAGCUUGAUUAUAUAUCAGUUUAUAGUUUCGACUAUAUAUCAGUCUAUUGUUUAAACUAUUGAUCGGUUUAUAAUCUUGACUAUAGACCAUUUUAUAGUCUUACCUAUAGAUCAGUACAUAUUCAUGAUUAUAGAUCAGUCUAUAGUAUUGACUAUAGAUCAGUCUAUAGUAUUGACUAUAGAUCAGUCUAUGUAUUGACCAUACAUCAGUCUAUAUUAUUGACUAUAGAUCAUUCUAUAGUCCUGACUAUAGAUCAUUCUAUAGUCCUGACUAUAGAUCAGUCUAAAUUAUUGACUAUAGAUCAUUCUAUUGUCUCGACUACAGAUCAGUCUAUGGUCUUGACUGGGGAUCAAUCUAUAGUUUUGACUACAGAUCAGUUUUUAGUCUUGAUUAUAGAUCAGUCUAUAAUAUAGAUAAUGAUGUUUAGAUGUUUAGUAUUGACUGUAGAUGUUUAGUAUUGACUGUAGAUCAGUCUAAGGUCUUGAAUAUACAUAUAUACAUAUAUCAGUAUAUAGUUUGGACUAUAGAUCAGUUUAUAGUCUUAACUAUAGAUCGGUAGGUGGUUAGAUCUGUAGUCUUGACCAUAUAUUAAUCUAUAGUCUUGACUAUAUAUUAGUCUAAGUAUAGUCUUGACUAUAGAUCAGUCUAUAGUCUUGAUUAUAGAUUAGUCUAUAGUCUUGACUAUGGAUCAGUCUAUAGUCUUA